AUGUCAGACCUGGUGAUUGACGAUGGAAAGCCAAACACAUUUUGGGAUCGAGUUAAGUGGGCAUUUUCUAAAAACGAAUAUGGGGAAAUCCGGCCAGAGAUUGCACAUAUUCCUGUAGUGGUGUUCUGCGGUUCUUUGGUUGGAAUGAUGGUGGGUGGUCGGCAUGGCACUAGGAUACGGGGUGCUUCAAACAUUGCUAGUAACCAACUGACUGUAUAUACAUCGUCUGCACAAGCCGAAAGGGAUCACUUCUCAGCAAUAUUGCUAGGAUUUUUUCAAUAUGGUUGUCGUUGGGGUUGGAGAGCAGGACUCUACUCUGGCAUAUAUAGUACGACACUCACUGCUGUGUCUAUUGGUCGAGAUAAGGAAGAUGCAUUGAAUUACAUUGCUGCUGGAGCAACCACAGGAACUGUUUAUAAACUAUUCUCAGGUUUUCGAGGGAUUCUUGUAGGUGCUCUCUUCGGUGCUGGCAUUUGUACACCUAUUGGGUUAACCAUGCAAGCACUGGGGCAUUUUAUUCCAUAUGAAAAA